CUUUCAAGAAAAUUGGGAGUUUAAAAACAUAAGAUGGAAAUGUUGUUUCUAUUAAUAAACUUAGUCUUGUUUUCUGGAUUCAAUACACUUCCAGUAAACGAUGAUGAUUCGGACGUAAUAAUUGUGGAUGCUCUCUUAGAAAACAGCAUCGAUGGUGAUGAUUCUGUUAUAGAUAUAUCUAGUUUGGGACCAGAGGCAUUCGGAACUCCGAAAAAUGAAAGUGGUGACACGGUUGCGCAAUGGACAGAGUCGUCGCUCAUGAAUCCCGAGGAAAUGGGAGGAUAUGCGGAAGGUGAUAUUCUAAUGCCGCAAUUUGCGAAGAACGGUGUUCGUGAACAAACAUCAAGAUGGCCAGAUGGCAUUGUACCAUACAAAAUUGCAGGAUCAUUCAGCAAAGACCAGCGUGACAUGAUCAUGAAAGCCAUAGCGGACUACCAUCGGCUUACCUGUCUCCGCUUCGUGCCUUACAGCGGGCAAACAGAUUACAUUUACGUAACGAACACUAACACGGGCUGUUGGUCCAGUGUAGGGCGGCUUGGUGGGCGUCAAGAGUUAAACCUGCAAGCGCCAGGCUGUGUGAGUAAGAAGGGCACUGUACUGCAUGAGUUUCUGCAUGCUGUCGGAUUUUUGCACGAGCAAAGUCGACCGGAGAGGGACGACUUUGUCACCAUACAAUAUGGCAACAUCAAAUCCGGUGCAGAAAAUAAUUUCAAGAAGGCAGAUUCUAAGCGCACAGAUGACUACGGGGUAUCCUAUGAUUACAACAGCGUAAUGCAUUAUUCUGAGUAUGCUUUCUCUAAAAAUUCGCAGAAGACCAUUGUUCCCAAGAUUAAAGACGUAAAACUUGGUCAGCGAGAGGGACUCAGCCGUGGGGACGUAAAAAAACUUAACAACAUGUAUAAUUGUAAAAAAGAAGAGCCUACAUCUACAACUUCAUCUGGAUGGGUUGGCCAAAUAUGGCAUAAUUUUUUCGGAUCUAAGUCACGAAGAUCGAUCAUGGUUUAAAAACCUCUUAUAUUUUUUACAUUGAUGUCUUUGCUCUGUAACCUAGUCUGUAUAAUAUAAUUAUAUUAAGUAGGUAGU